ACGGCCCCUAGCCCCUGGCCGUUUGGCAAGACCCCCGCAUACCCCGGGGCUUCCCGAAAUCCAGCUCCCCUCCCCCACCCCAGCUCAUGCCCCAGCCCCAGAACUCCGGGGCUGCCAGCCCCCUGUGCCCCUGCCCCUCCUGAGAAUCGGGGUGUGCUCCUCAAGCCCCCUCCCCUCCACUGGGGAGCCCCUUUUAGGGUCCCCCCUCCCUUCCACGCUCCCCUACCCUUCUCUUCUCCAACCUUCUCCUUCCCCUCUCACCCCUCCCCCCAUCCUGGCCCCCCCUGCAAAAGUGGGGUGCGGAGGGGGGAGGGGUGAGAACCCACCGAGGGGAGGAACAAAACUCCAAUGAAGUCAGAGCCCCCUACUCGCCGCCGCGGCCAGGCCCCCCAACAUGGACUGUCUCUGUAUAGUGACAACCAAGAAAUACCGCUACCAAGAUGAAGACACGCCCCCUCUGGAACACAGCCCGGCCCACCUCCCCAACCAGGCCAAUUCUCCCCCUGUGAUUGUCAACACGGACACCCUAGAAGCCCCAGGAUAUGUGAAUGGAACAGAGGGGGAGAUGGAGUAUGAGGAGAUCACAUUGGAAAGGGGUAACUCAGGUCUGGGCUUCAGCAUCGCAGGUGGCACCGACAACCCGCACAUCGGUGACGACCCGUCCAUUUUUAUCACCAAGAUCAUUCCUGGUGGGGCUGCAGCCCAGGAUGGCCGCCUCAGGGUCAAUGACAGCAUCCUGUUCGUAAAUGAAGUGGAUGUUCGGGAGGUGACCCAUUCGGCUGCGGUGGAGGCCCUCAAAGAGGCAGGUUCCAUCGUUCGCCUCUACGUCAUGCGCCGGAAACCCCCAGCCGAAAAGGUCAUGGAGAUCAAACUCAUCAAAGGGCCUAAAGGACUUGGCUUCAGCAUUGCGGGGGGCGUUGGGAACCAGCACAUCCCUGGAGAUAACAGCAUCUAUGUAACGAAGAUCAUCGAAGGUGGUGCUGCCCACAAGGAUGGCAGGUUGCAGAUUGGAGACAAGAUCCUGGCGGUCAACAGUGUGGGGCUGGAGGACGUCAUGCACGAGGAUGCCGUGGCAGCCCUGAAGAACACAUAUGACGUUGUGUACCUAAAGGUGGCCAAGCCCAGCAAUGCCUACCUGAGUGACAGCUAUGCUCCCCCAGACAUCACAACCUCGUAUUCUCAGCACCUGGACAAUGAGAUCAGUCAUAGCAGCUACUUGGGCACCGACUACCCCACAGCCAUGACCCCCACUUCCCCUCGGCGCUACUCCCCUGUGGCCAAGGACCUGCUGGGGGAGGAAGACAUUCCCCGGGAACCAAGGCGGAUCGUGAUCCAUCGGGGCUCCACCGGCCUGGGCUUCAACAUCGUGGGCGGCGAGGAUGGCGAAGGCAUCUUCAUCUCCUUCAUCCUUGCUGGGGGUCCAGCCGACCUCAGUGGGGAGCUACGGAAGGGGGACCAGAUCCUGUCGGUCAAUGGUGUUGACCUCCGCAAUGCCAGUCACGAACAGGCUGCCAUUGCCCUGAAGAAUGCGGGUCAGACGGUCACGAUCAUCGCUCAGUAUAAACCAGAAGAGUAUAGUCGAUUCGAGGCCAAGAUCCAUGAUCUUCGGGAACAGCUCAUGAAUAGUAGCCUAGGCUCAGGGACUGCAUCCCUGCGAAGCAACCCCAAGAGGGGCUUCUACAUUAGGGCCCUGUUUGAUUACGACAAGACCAAGGACUGCGGUUUCUUGAGCCAGGCCCUGAGCUUCCGCUUCGGGGAUGUGCUUCAUGUCAUUGACGCUGGUGACGAAGAGUGGUGGCAAGCACGGCGGGUCCACUCCGACAGUGAGACCGACGACAUUGGCUUCAUUCCCAGCAAACGGCGGGUCGAGCGACGAGAGUGGUCAAGGUUAAAGGCCAAGGACUGGGGCUCCAGCUCUGGAUCACAGGGUCGAGAAGACUCGGUUCUGAGCUAUGAGACGGUGACCCAGAUGGAAGUGCACUACGCUCGUCCCAUCAUCAUCCUUGGGCCCACCAAAGACCGUGCCAACGAUGAUCUUCUCUCCGAGUUCCCCGACAAGUUUGGAUCCUGUGUCCCUCAUACGACACGUCCUAAGCGGGAAUAUGAGAUAGACGGCCGGGAUUACCACUUUGUCUCCUCCCGGGAGAAAAUGGAGAAGGACAUCCAGGCACACAAGUUCAUUGAGGCUGGCCAGUACAACAGCCACCUCUACGGGACCAGCGUCCAGUCUGUGCGAGAGGUAGCAGAGCAGGGGAAGCACUGCAUCCUCGAUGUCUCGGCCAAUGCCGUGCGGCGGCUGCAGGCGGCCCACCUGCACCCCAUCGCCAUCUUCAUCCGUCCCCGCUCCCUGGAGAAUGUGCUAGAGAUCAAUAAGCGGAUCACAGAGGAGCAAGCCCGGAAAGCCUUCGACAGAGCCACGAAGCUGGAGCAGGAGUUCACAGAGUGCUUCUCAGCCAUCGUAGAGGGCGACAGCUUUGAAGAGAUCUAUCACAAAGUGAAACGUGUCAUUGAAGACCUCUCAGGCCCCUACAUCUGGGUCCCAGCCCGAGAGAGACUCUGAUUCCUGCCCUGGCUUGGCCUGGACUCACCCUGCCUCCACCACCUGGGCCCUUGGUGUGGACUGAAUAGCCCAAGCCCUUUGUACCCCAGCCUCCCUUCCCACCCUUCUUAUUUAUUUCCUUUCUAACUGGAUCGAGCCCACUGGAGGGGGGACACUCCUCUGCAUGUAUCCCUGCAACCCAAUUCAGGGCCCCUGGACCCCAAGAACCUGGGGUCUGGGGGAGGGGAGCUGGGCUCCUGGUUCCGAGCCCUUGCUCCUUAGGACCCCUACCCCCGCCCGCCCCCACGCACA